AUGAUCUUGAUUGCGAAGAACAGCCGGGCGUUGUUGUGCCUGCCGUGCGACGAGUCGAAAUGCGAGGAACCGAAGCAGUGUAAGGGGGCCGUGGUGCCUGGAAUCUGCGGGUGCUGCACGGUCUGCGCAAAGCAGAAGAACGAGAGCUGCGGCGGCAUGUACGGUCUGUACGGAACUUGUGACCGGGGGCUCCGGUGCGUGAUCAGACCCCUGGUAAACGGCGGCUUCAUCACCCAGUUUGAGGUCGGAGUUUGCGAAGAUGAAAACUGGGACGACGACCAGCUACUGGGAUUCGAGCCGUGCAACGAAAACCUGGUCACCGGCUGCAACAUCAUCGAUGGGAAGUGCGAAUGCGAUAGCCUGCGGACGUGCAAUAACCCAUUCGAGUUCCCCAGCCAGGAUACCUGUCAGACAGCCCUGAAGAAGAUUGAAGGCCGGGGGAGCGGCGUUCUGCGCCAGUGCACACACCCAGUCCUCCACCGCAGGAGCGCCGCCACUGCCACCGCCCCCAUCGGCAUCUCCACCCUCACCAUCUCCACCCUCACCAUCUCCACCCUCACCUCCACAUCCACCACUGCAGCAGUAGCUCGUGUGGACAGUGUUCAGCGUGGACUGCACAACAGUGGAGUGUCCCCCCCAUACAGCCGGUGCAGUGUCCACCCGACAGCUACGAGAACGCAGGUGCGACUGACCGCGGAUGGCUGCUGCACGCUACCCACAAGGUGUGAGUGUUUGCCCGGGCAGUGUAGCCUCCCUCAGUGCCCAGCUGGAACCUCCCCUCAAGUCGUCUCCCAUGGCGACAGUACCCCUGGGAGGUGCUGCGAUGUGUUGGAGUGUGUCAACGAGACCAAGCCGGCGUGCACCUUUAACGGGAUAGAGUACCAGGAUGGGGACAUGUUCCGCAUGGACGCCUGCCGCUUCUGCCGCUGCCAGGGGGGCGUGUCCGUCUGCUUCACUGCCCAGUGUGGCAUCCUCCACUGCGAGCGCUACUACGUCCCCGAGGGCGAAUGCUGCCCCGUGUGUGAAGACCCCAUCUACCCGGUGCUCAACUUCGCCGGCUGCUACGUCAAUGGGCAGAUCCUGGCCCACGGCGACCAUUGGCGCGAGGAUGACUGCACCUUCUGCCAGUGCGUGAGUGGCGACGCCCGCUGUGUGGCGGCCGCCUGCGGACACAGCUGCCUCCACCCGGUCACCGUGCCAGGCGAGUGUUGCCCCGUCUGCGAAGAGCCAUCCUACAUCACCAUGGCGCCCCCUGCCUGCGGCAGGCUGAAGAACUGCUCGCUCACGGAGCUCGACUGCCUCUUCGGCUUCCGUCUGGACGCCUCCGGCUGCCGCACCUGCCACUGCAAGACCCGUGAGGAGCUGUGUAGCGGCCUGAUAGCCAGCUGCACCCUCAAGUGCCCGUUCGGCUUCCAGACGGAUGCCCAUGGCUGUGCUGUGUGCCAGUGUCGCCCGCGACCCAAGAAGUGCAAAGCUGUGGCCUGCGAAAAGGAGUGCCCUUUUGGCUUCAUAAAGAACAAGCAUGGCUGUGAUCUGUGCCGCUGCAAGAAAUGUCCAGAGCUGCCAUGUGACAAGUCCUGUCCAAUGGGCUUCCAGCAGGACCAGCUGGGCUGCCUCAUUUGCCAGUGCAGAGAUCAAACCGUAUCAUCGGUGGCACCGUCAGUGAAGCUCGGCUCAUGCUUGUCCAUGGAUGGCCGUCGCCAUGAGAACGGCGAGAACUGGCAUGACGGCUGCCGCGACUGCUACUGCCACAACGGCCGGGAGAUGUGCGCCCUCAUCUCUUGCCCCGUGCCCACCUGCGAGAGCCCCACCAUCCGCCCUGGCCAGUGCUGUCCCUCAUGCCCAGACGAGCCGAGCUCCCAUAAGCCGGUGCUGAGCGACUCGUCGGUGUGCCUGGCCCCCGGCGGCGAGUACUUUGUGGAGGGCGAGACCUGGAACAUCGACUCGUGCACACAGUGCACCUGCCACAGUGGGCGGGUGCUGUGCGAGACCGAGGUGUGCCCACCCCUGCUGUGCCAGAACCCAAUCAGGUCGCAGGACUCCUGCUGUCCACACUGCCCAGAGGAACCUGUGACCCCGCAGUCACCCAGCAACGACAGCAUGCCCAGCUACUGCCGCAACGAGGAGGGCGACAUCUUCCUGGCGGCCGAGUCGUGGAAGCCCAACAUGUGCUCCAGCUGCGUGUGUCUGGACGGCACCAUCAGCUGCUUCUCGGAGACCUGCCCGCCGGUGGCCUGCGCCCGGCCUGUGCUCCGCAAGGGACAGUGCUGCCCCUACUGCCUGGACGCCACCCCCAAAGCCGUGUGCCACUUCAACGGGAAGACGUACAUGGACGAGGAGCGCUGGGACAUCGACAGCUGCACACACUGCUAUUGCCUGCAGGGCCAGACCCUCUGCUCGACGGUCAGCUGCCCCGCCCUGCCCUGCCACCAGCCAAUCAUCGUGGAGGGCAGCUGCUGCCCCAUGUGCCCUGAAAUGUAUGCCCCGACCAACGUCCCCAUCGAGAAGACUGACCAGAAAGACAAGAUCCCUCAUCAGCCUGCCUGGCCUACCCACAGCGAGAACGACAUCAUGCCUCAGUUUAGAGGUGACUUUGGCAGUCUGCAGAUGCCCUACCUGGACGGCAAGGCGCCGCUGGCCCGCGAGGAGCGCACGCUGCAGUCGGUGGCGUGGGUGGCACUGCCCGUGGCCAUGAUGCUGCUGGUCAUCGCCGCCCUGCUGCUGCUCAACCAGAAGAAGCAGUGGAUCCCCGUGCCCUGCUAUCGUACGCCCACCAAGCCCACCUGUCUGAACAACCAGCUGGUGUACGUGGACUGCCAGAAGGGCACCAAGGUGCAGGUGGACAGUGCCCAGCGGAUGCUGCGGAUGGCUGACCCGGACUCCAGAUACAGCGGCUACUACAGCAUGCAGAAGCACAACAACCUGCAGGCAGACAACUUCUACCAGACUGCCUGAGCCAGAGAUGGAUGGAUGGAUGGAGAGAGAGAGAGAGAGAGAGAUGAAGAGACAGAGUGAGAGAGAGAGAAAGAGAGAGGGAGAGAGUGAGGAGGAAAGGAAGAGACUUUGAGUGAACGACCUGCAGCAGCCCAAACACGAAAAAUGCGUGACCACCUGAUAUGAGAGUGCUAGAAGAGAAAGAAAGAGAGAAAGAAUAGAAAGACCUGAGAGAAAGAGGGAAGAAACAAAAGACAUUGGCCGAAACAAUCCACACACCAUACCAACAGAGAAGAAAAGUUAAAAGCAACAAAACUGUACAAGAAAUACAAAGCCUCCCACCAUUCAACAAACAAAUAAGCAAGAAAACAAGACAGCUGACAAUCUCAUCCAGACAUGAAAAUCACAAACCAAAAUGCAGGAAUGAUAACUAUUUGAAUGGGAGAUGAAAACUGUUCCUAAGUAUGUGUGCAAAAGAUAGUUGUGUGUGUGUGUGUGUGUGUGUGUGUGUGUGUGUGUGUGUGUGUGUGUGUGCGUGUGUGUGUGUGUGUGUGUGUAGGUGCAGGUGUGUUCAUUUGAAAUCAGAUGUAUGUGAGAUUAGGAUGAUUUUUGUUUUGAGUAAUCUCUUCCUGCAUUCCUGUUCAGUUUCUUUGUCAGAAGAAGGAAAGUGUUUUUUUUUUUUUGGUUGUUUUUUUCCCCCGAGGACACAACGGCACCCCCUCGCGCGUGUGUACCAGUGCGACUGUGGACGCUAGUUUGACCCGCUGUACCAAAGCUCUCUUUUUUUUUCUAUCCCAUAAUAACCACCCAUCCCCACGAGGGCUGUAAUCACGGGAACCUUGUGAACUUUCUGGAACACAGUGAAAGAAAGGGAGAAGAGAGGAGGGGAAAAGAGACAAGAGUAAGCAUGAAUGAGAGGGGAGAGAGAGGAAGACAAGGGGGUCUGGAUAGUAAGAUACACCCACUGCAGAGAUCCCACUCUCCAUCACUUCUUCCCCGCAUGUUAUGAACUGAUCUGAUAGUUUUGUUUUGCCGUCAUGAUGAGGCACGGAGGAAGAAACAGGAGACAGGAGGAGGAAGAAGAGGCACCACGACAGCACUCUUCAUCAUCACCAUGUGGACUUUGGCACCGGAGUCUUUGGGCUUCUCGUAUUUUAUUUACUUUAUUAUUUGUGGGGUUUCUUGCGUAGAACCAUUGAUUUUGAAUGCACACAUCCACGGAGAGUGACACCAGAUUAGUGGGUCACUCUAGACAGGAAGUGGUGUGAAUCUGGAUCCGCUCCGGCUCAGAGCCAGAUAGGCUCCAGUCAGCUGCUAACUGGUAAAGGGGAGGGGUUAGGGCUGACUGCGACCUUUGACCUCCAGCGUCCUGGUGAUCUGACUUUUUCUCACAUUCUGAGCAAUGAUGUAUUUGUGUUUGAUGAACCAGUAUAACGUGAGAUUAGGACAAAGCAUUGCGCACAGGUGACCGGUGUGGAGUUGAGCAUAAUGCUUUUUUUUUUUUACAAGUGCUGCGUUUGUUUUAAUCCUGGCUUUGUUUCUAUUGGAGUCCACUAGGGGGAGCUCUAAGUCUGCGCAUAGAUCAUGAUCCAGCCGCUCCACUAGGGAAGACACAGCUGUCACGAAACAAGAUAGAAUCAAAGAAACGUUCAAAUGUUAUGUUUUUCUUUCUUUCAGACAAAUACAAUUACUCUUUGAUUCUUUUGUCAUUGUGUUUUUAACAUAUGUCCCUAUUUUAAGACGUUUCACAAUGAUGGCGUUACCGAAGCACCUUCUGUGUUGAUCUUAUUUGUUUGAUAAGUAAUUGGCUUUGAACAGAUCUUUUGAAAUGCAUUAUAGGAACAUUAGCAGUGUGUACAUAGCAAUCAUGCAGCAAAAGACCGGGGAUAAAAAGUGUGAAUAUGUAUGUAUGUAUGUAUGUAUGUAAUGUAUGUAUGUAUGUACGUAUAGUAUGUAUGUGUGUUUGUGUAUGUGGGUGUGAACAUUUGACAUUAUGUGUGUUCGAUGUGUGUGUGCACAGCAACCCACAUGCAUGUACAUUCUAAUUUUAAUUUUAUUAUUUUGCUCCUUCACUCUUAAUAUUUCAUUUUCCUGUUGAAUGUAUUUAUAAUGCAGAAAAAAAAAUCAUGUUUUUUUUUUUUUUUUUUUAAAACUAAAGCAACAGCGGAGGUAACUAGUGGUAACGGGCAUUCCUCUGCCUUGUCUGUUUGCUCAGGUGAGCUGGGUAAAAGAAAAGCAAGAAAGAAAGAAAGAAAGAAAGAAAGGACAUACAUCUCAGUGUAUAUGUUUUUUAAAAAUUGUCUUGUCCACAAGUGCUCUGCUCACAUGUCCCAGCAGCGUGUGCCUCGUUCGUCAUAGCAACGCUGUGGAACUCCAGUCUGACCAGUGUCACUCAUCUCUCUAUUCUUCUCUGUCAUUGUUUUUGCUUCUGAUGUCCAAACCACUGGAAAGUCGAUCAGCAUAAGCUGUUAAAGAGAGAAAGAGUGAUGGAGAGAGAGAAAGAAAGGGAG